UAUGGCGAGUAUAAAGAAGGAACUGAAAGGCAUAAAGGCGGUGAAAAUUGACCCAAAUGUGUUAUCAUUCAACAAGAAAGAUGAAAACUUGUAUGUUGAGGGGGUGGAGCUGGUAAGGAGAACAGUUAUCGAUGUUGUCAAAACGUACGCGGCAAAAGUUUUUGCUUCUUGGAGAAACAUUCAAGGUCCAGGAAUUGGAACACAUUGCUCAAGCAGCAACGAGGAGUUUGUUGAAAUCUUACGGGCUACCCGCAAAUCUCACAAAUGUGAGUUUAAGAUAGCUACCAAAGAAGAGAUGAAAGAAAACAGAGUACAUUGCAUUGUUAUUCUUGAUUCUGGCCAAGGAUUAUUUGUCGGUACAGGCUCCUUAACGGACCCUACUCUCGAAGUGGAUGUCGUCGUUAAUCCUACAAAUUGUGACUUAAAACACAUGAGAAAAGGGCUAGGCAGGGACUUGGUGGAAGAAGGAGGAAGAAUGAUUCAAAGCCAGUGUGAUCAUCACAUCAAGACGCACGGUCCACUGGAGACAUCUGAGGUGUUUAUCAGCGAUGCCGGAAAACUGCCCUUUCAGAAGAUUAUACACGUUGCCGCUCCUGUCUGGCAGGGUGGGGCACAGGGAGAGGAGGAACUGGUGGACAAGGCGCUGGAAAAUGUCCUGUCGACAAUGAACAAUGACACGAAGUUUAUUCUUCGGUCAGUUGCUACUCCUCUCAUUGGACAUGGACAAGGGAAGUUCUCUAGCAGCCGAUCUGCAAGGCUGAUGCUACAAACAAUCAAGAACACGUACAAGAAGUACCCAAAUGUUCGAGAGAUAUUUUUCUACGACCACAAUCCUGCAACUGUGCGAACGAUUCAACAAGAAAUGCACGCACAGUUUGGGGACAAUUGCUUCCAUUUGCCUGUGGAAAAAGUGAGCUUAGGAAAGGAUACCAUAGGACCCACAAAAAAGAAUCUUCUGUGCCUGAGGAACGGGUCAAGGACGCUUCCAAUGCCUGGAAGGAAAUCUCUUAUUAUCAAAUGGGGGAAGUUAGAGGAAACGGGGACGGAAAUUGUUGUCUGCCCAACCGCCACAGCACCAAAGCCAUCUGGUAAAGUUUUGGACGCUAUAUGCUCUGCGUCCCCAAUGGCGGAAGCGGAAGCCGAAAAGGCCUUUAAGCAGUUGUCAUUGAAUUCGAUUGCAGAUGGGGCUAUUGUUGAAACAAUGGGUCCCGUGGGAAAUAUCUACUUCUUGAAGAUCGCUGAAAAGUGGGACGGUCAAACUGGGCGAGCGUCAUUAAAAACGUACGUGGAAAAAUGCUUAACAAAAGCUAUCAUCAACAAGAUCAAAUACAUAGCCAUGCCUCCGAUUGGUCCUAUAUCACGUGGUUACCCCGGAGACGUCGUUGCUAACGAGAUGAUUAAGACUGUUGCUGAAUUUCUCCAAUCUAAGCCAAACUGUUGUUUAGAGGAGGUUACCAUAGUUAUCUACGAGUCGGACAUGGUCACAACUUCCGCAUUUGAGUACGUCCUGCAGUCGUUAUACAAACAUCGUCCACACAGACUUGAGUCGGAGAUACAGGAGAAGGUCACGGAGGAAAAAAAAUCUACUGACGUAGAGUUCGGGUCCGGAAGAGUAAUUGUUCGCAAUACUGCCCCUCCUAAAGGAGCUUUCUGUGUGGCUAAGGGCAUCAACUUGGAGCUGUGUAGAGGAAGCAUUGAAUAUGCCAAGACGGAUGCAGUCGUCUGCACAACGUCAUCCUUUCCCAACCUGCAUGGCGCUAUAGCAGACGCCAUCAAAAAAGCUGGCGGUACCUCGUUACAGCGGGACUUGAGUAACACAUACAAGAGCUACCCCGGGAAAGGUACAGCCUUCACCUCUGGUGGAAACCUACAUUGCAAGAAGGUCUAUUACGUGUUGUUGUCCGACUAUGAUGCAAACAACAAGAACAAGAAGUAUGCAGAAAAGGACAAAAACCAGAACCUCACCUGGAAGGUACAGCAGUGUCUGAUGCAGGCAGAACAUGACAAGCUCUCAUCCAUUGCCAUGCCAACAUUUGGCACGGGAGGGUUCUCGUUUCCGGAUGACAUCGCCGCCAAACAGAUGUUUAAGGCUAUCAAGGAGUUCUUCCAGACACCAAGAACCUAUCUGCACACCGUGGUCAUAUUCAUGUAUGCAGCAGCAGCCAAUACCUGUCAGGUGUUUGAAACCACAGUUGGACAGUACUUCAGCUUGGCAGCUCCUGAUCAGGCGGCUGCAAACCCUCCUCCUCCAGUUGAUAAGCCCGACACAGAACAAGGAAAUAUGUCUAUUGGCAAGGCAAGAGUGGAAACCAUUUAUGGUCCCAUUGAACAAAUGGCGGCUGACGUCAUUAUGGAUACAACAACGAGUUUUCCGAAACUUAACGGCACCAUUCCUAUGCUGCUCGCCAAGGCUGCCGGAAAGGAGGAGUUCGAGGCAGAGUGUAAGAAGAGGGGAAAUGCCAAGGAAGGCAACAUUGUCAUCACACAGGGCUUCAAGCUCAAGUGUAAGAAAGUGUACCACUUCGUCAUGCCCACAUGGAAGCAGGAUACUGGAGAAAAGAGCGUACACGACUGCAUUAAGAAAUGCCUGACGAUGAUGAAGGCGGACAAAUAUACAACCAUUGCUGUACCUACUAUAGGCACAGGCGGGUACCACUAUGAUGCAGCUCUGGUCGCGAAGGGCAUUUGCAGUGCAGCUGGAGAGUUUGGCAAAGCCAACCCGGAUUAUGAUGUUACCGUGAAAAUAAUUCUCUAUCCUGGUGGACCACAGGAUGCAAACAAUGCUAUCAAAUCAGUGGUGAGCAGUUGGAAUUCGGGAAGUGGGAAUGCCAAUAUACCUAAACCAAAAAGUGGCAAAAAAGUUGGCUUUCAAGCAGCAGUCGAUGACGUACAAGAUGAUGAGGACAGUGGUGCGCCUUUCGUGCCCCCUAAGAGGAAAAGAGACUUUGUUCUUCUGCAAUUCGUGUCCGAUAAGACAAAGAACGUGGACGAGGGGUUUGACUAUAUCAAGGAUCAGAUAGACAAAGAUAGGAGAGUUGCUGUUGUCGAGCUGAAGAGAGAAGACAAUAUUGAUGAUGUGGAACUCAUUGAAAAUGACAAGAAAGGGACCCGUAUCGAGGAGUUAGCUGACGUUUUCAACGUUGACGUGAACGUUGACCUCAAGGGACGGAAGGUGACGGUGAAGGGUAUGGGUGAAGACGUCCCAAAAUGCUUUAGGAAAAUCCUCGAACAUCUCAGUGAUCGCCGGAGAGACCAACUCUCCAGGCAUAUUGGCCAAACAGUCCUCAAGCAUAUUGAGUGGUACUACACUGAAGACAGCGGGAAACUGUGGGUGCCCUAUCCCAGACAUAUCAGCUUCAUGCUGGAGGAGGCUUUCGACGAGAAAGUGAACGAGAAGAAGUUUACGGACUCGGACAAGCGCGUGUAUGUGGUAGACUUCCGGAAGUGGACGGAAUGUGUGCAUGAUGGGAAGAAGACGGACUCUACCAGCGCCGUCACAGUCAUCCGAAAGGAUCUGACUGAGGGGAGUAUCUCAGCGCUUCCUGGCUACUGGGCGCCGAUGGCAGACGUGGACACCCUGCUGGAGGUACCGGUACUUCCAGCGGAAGAGGAGUACCAGAAGGUGGAGGCGGCUUUCAUCGCUGCCCUUGGGGCUUACCGGCCACGCUUCCAGCAUAUCAAGGAGAUACGGCGCAUCCAGAAUCGCUCCCUUUGGCAACAGUACAUGACCCGGAAGCAGCAGUUGGAUGCGGAGCUAGCCGGAAGGGGCGUCCAAGACAUUGAGCGGCGCCUCUGGCACGGGUAUGACGUGCAGAACGAAAAAUCCAUCAACGUCUAUGGUUUCAACAGAAGCUAUUCGGGCCAGACAUUUGGUGCGGUGUACUACGGUCUUGGCGUCUACUUCGCCGUGAAGUCCGAGUACUCCGCCGGUGCCAGCUACUCGCCCGUCGACGCCGCAGGCUACAAGCACGUGUACCAAGCCAGGGUUCUCGUCGGGGACAGUGUACAAGUGAACAAGGGCUACACGGAUAGGUACCCGCCGCUACUUCCGGGAUCACAGACGGAUAGGUAUAACUCGACGUGUGAUGAUCCUGCAAACCCAGGGGAAUUCGUCAUCUACAGUGAUACUCAGGCCUAUCCAGAAUACACCAUCGUCUUCAAGUGAACAGACUCAGUACAAAAAAAGUUCAGACCUGAUAUUUAAGGAAAUGGUUAAAGGUUGUUAAUAUGUACUUACAAAAAUAAAUAAUUUGAUCCGACACAGUUGCAUAACCAAAAAGUAUUGUGUUAAAGUACAUACUAACAAACUUUUACUUUUUAGUUGUGUACAAACUAUUGUGUAAACUACCCACUUAGUGGUCCAGCCACUGUUUAUAUCUACCGGUUCACCUGAUUUAAAUCAAUAAUGGCUGAUUGCUGAUUUACUGAAAACAUAUAUUGGCAUAAAGUUUACUGCCAUCUCAUUGGACAAAAAAAAAUGACCACUUAUACUGUUUCAGGAAGUAUUACUUAAGUGUGUUAUUACUCCACUUUCUGGCAAGCUUUUAAUUAGAUACUGGAGUUACUGCCCAAUAUAUAUAUAUUGUAUGUAUUUAACUAUUUUAUUUAUUAUUUUAUACAUGUAGUGUGUUUCUUUUUAUUUUCAUUAGCAAUAAGUGUUUUAUUUUGCUGAAUGUUUGUCCAUUAUUGUUGUUUUCCGUUUAGAUAUUCCCCCAAUUAAUUGACCAAUGAGGAUAGAUGUUGUUAUCAAUGAGCUGCUGCAGCCGAGUUAUAAUCUACCAAUGUAUAAAAUUUGGAGAAGUUAGUCGAUAAAACUCAGCUUUUCGUUGGCCAGUUUACGCAUUGCUUUGAUUUUAUUGGUUGAUAGUUAUUAUUGGAUAAGUGUUGGCCAAUCAAUAAACUUUAGGGCUGACUUUGAAAAAACUAAAGAAUUAACCAAUUUUUUACAAUUGGGUGCUGCUGGUUGAUAUCCUACUCGUGCAUAUAUGAUAAUAUAUAUAACAGGAAAGACUAGCGGGUCCAGGGGUGGGGAUAGGUGUACUUUACAUGUCGAUAUCGGAGAAAAAAAGUAAUAAAAUACGCUCAAAAUAGUUUUCAGACUGGAAAUUGUUAUAUUUACUUCGCCUCCCCCCUCCCCUGCCAACAUGUUUUAGUAUUUAAAUUUCGGCACUGAGGGAGGAGCGUAAUUCUAAAAGUUGU